AUGUCACCAGUCACUGUUGGCCCUCGAGCCGCUAAAGACGAGUUCAUGCGCGCAUUGAAUCUCGAUCCCUCCAACACCCACCAUGAAGGCUGCUAUCGAGCAAUGAGAGAUGAGGCUAUCAGAACGUACAAGAGACUGGAGAGUGAUCGCAGUUGUCUCGUCGAUGAGAAGCGUCGCGAUCCGAGUGUCAUGCCGCCUUUCUUCUGGCAUCACAUCACCAAAGAACGUCAGAGAGCUGCCAUUAUCGAAACAUGGCAGCACGCGCCAGUUGGCAGCAUUCAGAGACAAUUGUUCGACCGAGGCGCCACCACUGGCGAACAUGAACCAAACUGGGUGACACAUUGGCUGCUGUACAGUGUCUUCCGUUCCCGAGAUGUACGCAACAAUCGCAACCGUCGUGGAGACAAUGAGAAGGGUUCUGGAAGUGGCCGGCAUGAAGUGAGCAAAGUCUACGACCCGGCGCGAGACCAACAUCGCUCCCGGCAUCAUUGA